ACUGUGCUCUACUCUAUUUGAUAUUUUUCUGUGUCAUCCUCAUUUAUUCGCAUUAAUACCAAUUAGCUUUUACAAACUUGAAAUAUCGCACCGUUUUUCAUGUUUCCUCAAACGGUCUAUUGGGGAACGUUGAAAUCAGAGGGCCUGGGCCUACUCAUCAUUGAACCGGCGGCACGUUGUAAUAUUUUCAGGCGUCAGCCGUCUACGUGGCUGGCUGACGCAUUUUGCUCUUUUUCCGAAAUUCCAAGGAGCGUUUAAGUGGUCGAUUCCUUUACGGGAUAUGUAGACUUUCGUCUAUGCUUUGGCAAGUAGCAUGCUUUUAAGGUUUAUUUGAUUAUCUGAAAUACCUAAAUUAUAUUCACAUUUGAACUAAUACAUUUAACUUGAAAUUUGGAUGGAGUUUUUUGCGCUAGUCUGCUGCAAAACUUCUAGAGCUGUGGGCCAUUGUCGCUUGCAGUCGCAGCUGCUACUUUGAAUCAAUUCCUUUUCAAGUAGGCAAAAGGAAGCUAAACUUUGUUGCAGGCUACAAAAAUGCCAAGUAAUGAAGUGAAGCAAAGGAAGAAGACCACGGCUCAGAAACAAAAUUACGAACCGGUUGAAACAUCAAAGUACACUUCCGAAAAUGAAGCAAAAGCUACCGAAGGAAAUAGCUUGGCUGAACGUAAAAGCUCCUGGCCGUCCUCCCUGGAUGUGAAAACGAUAACUUGUCUACUGUCACUGAUAGUUUGCAUAGUGCUUACAUGGUUUGUAUUGCAGCAGAAUGCAAGAUUCUUCGACGUGGAAGAAAAGUACAAACUACUGUCUGGGAAGACUGCAAGUCUCCUUGAAAUGGAGGAGGAAGUCAUCAAGGUGUCCAAGAAGUGCGAGGGUGUCCAGAGCCUGUUGGAGCAUCUAGAGAGGCAGCCUGGUGGUCUCCUGCCCAACUUGGAGGCCCUGGAACGGGAUGUAAGCCAGCUGAAGGACUGGGCAUCCGGCCUAACGGAGAAACGCGGCCUGCUCCAGGACAGCGUGGCAGCACUGACCGAGGCUGUGGGACAAAUCGAGGGACGGACCUCUGCCAUCAAUAAGGAUGUCAACACUAAGGUGGCGUCGGUGCGGACAGACGUGCGUCGGAUGGAUGGGCUCCGGUCGGAGGUGGAGUCUCUCCUGGAGAAGGUACGGGAGCUGGAGGAGAGGGCCGCCCAGGCUGAACGCAGCAUGGUCAAACGUAUCGGCGACCUGCUGGCCGGCAGCAUCGACCGCAUCCAGGGCCUCAAGGGCGCCACGGAGCGCAACGCACAAGCCCUGGAGCAGCUCAAACGCCGCCUACCUGAGCUGUUCGCCAACGACCGGCAGAUCUCGGAGCGCCUGAGGGAGCUGGAAAGCGGCCGCGCCCGAUUGGUCCGCACGGUGACCUUUGCCGGCGACCUCAAGCCCAAGGUGGCGGCCAUCAAGCGGGACUUCGGGGCGCUGGCUCCGCAGGUGGAUGAGCUGACCCUGAGGAUCGGCCGUCUGGCCGAGGAUCUGACCAGGAGGGAGGAGGACAUCGCAGAGCUACGGCAGACGUUCGCUAACCUCAGCGCUGUGGAGGAUGACCUAGGAGUUGUGACACAGCAGUUGAGUCAGAUAGUUGAGCCUGAGAUGCCCGUAGUGGGAGGAGAGAUGCUUCUGCAGAAAGUCAACGUGAGUGAAGCKCUCCCUCAGACACUGGAAGGAGAGCUGUGAAGGAGUGCUUUUCUAUGUGCUAUAGAUCUACAGAGUAAAUGGCAAACUUUCAGCUUGUCACCAAUCAUUCCCUUACAAUAACUUGCACAUUUUUGAAAAUCUGAAAACAGAAUUUGCUGAUCUUUCUGUACACCCAUGGUCGACCCCACCUAGUCUUUACAAUAGGUACUUCUGGAUUCCUCCCCAGAGAUCUUGAUUAAUGUAAGUAAUAUGGUGGAACCCACAGAAGAACAGGUUACUCCCCCUAUAAUGUACAUUCCAGUAUACUUUCCAUUGACUGUAUACCUAUACAUAUCUUUAGGGGGUGUAGAGGUAAGUCCUAGGGGUUAGGUUGAGACUAACUGGGCCUUUUGUCUAGAAUGCUGACUAACGUAUGUUGCUUUACAAAUUGUAUCCUUGAAUGAACCUGUCCUAUGAGUAGGUUGGCAUUUAUUGCGAUGAAUCUUGAGCUGAGCAAUUUCCACUAGAAGGGCCAGUGGCAAAGUCCAAAAUUCGCUAUAUAGCGUCAAAAGUCAUGAAAACAAAAAUGUGCUUGUUGGUCUUAAUUUAAGUUUAGGGUUAGGGAUAAGGUUAGCAGUGUGGUUUAG